AGUGUUUUUAUUUAUUAAUUUAUAUUCAUUUUACUUAAAUUAAACUCUUUUCAAGCAGCAAAAAAUCAAACGGUGACAAAAAUUAGUAUAAACGUACUAUAAUAUAUACACAUAAAUAAAUAUAUCAAAAUUUCAAACAGACGAACAAGUACUGGAGAAGUAUGUUAAACACUUACAACUUGGAAUACCAGAAAAAUAUUUACAUUCGAGCUUAGAGUCCUAUUAUUAAACUAAUCAUAAUCUAUUAAUAAUUGUCAUUGUAUGCAUAAAUUUUAAACAUGAGUAAAAAGUCAUCCUCCAUUCGUUUGAAUAAGAAGAAAACGGAAGAAAAACUUCGGAAACUCAACGAUUCUUCUGAUGAAUAUCUGUCAGAUAGUACCGAUCACGUAGAUUUCAGUGUAUUGGAUGAAAUCCGUAUAAAGUAUGAGGAACUCCAAAAUGACAGUGAUUCAGGAGUUCAUUAUCACAUCGAAUGCGCAGACUAUGUAAUGGAAGAUAGUAAUACGGAAAUAUCACAAAAUAAACAAAAUAAACAAAAUAAAAACUUAGAGCUUAAAGAGUGGGCAAUUAGAAACAAUGUACCCCUUAAUACUUUGACGGACUUAUUGGAGACUUUACACAAAAUAGGUGUAAAAGGUAUAGCCUCAUCAGCGGGAACGCUUCUAUGCACAAGUAGAGAUACCGAAGAAAUAAGUGACAUAUCUUGUUCACCGAAAUGUUUAAGCCCUGUAAAAGAGAAGGUUACUUUAGACAGAAAAGUAGAUAAAGCCAAAACCCAGUACGCUGAGGAUGAAGAGUAUUUGGACUUUUCAUCCAUAAUUCCCCUAACAUCGGCAGAGGAACUGUUGAUCGUAGAAACACAGUUACAAGAGAAGGCCGGUUUUGAUGCCAUGAGGCGACUACUGUUCAAGACAAAGUCUUUUAAAGGAAGUGUGGACGGUGUCCUUCGUUCGUUGUUUUCAGAUCGUUUGAUGGUGCACUACAAUUUAGAGGGACGAAAGGGGAAAUUGGCGCUUUUAAAACUAAAGUGCAUUGAUGUCAUUUUUGAUCUUUUUCCAGAAUACCCAAAGGAACAAUUAUUUUUAGCAAUAAGACAAUCUGUAGCAUCAAGUCACAAUAGAAAUAAGCAACAAAAACAUAAAUUAAAGAAGAAGUCUCUUUAAGUAAGGUACAUACAUAUAUACAGAGGUUGCGUUAUA